UGUUCUGCACUGCUGCGAUUCAAUGAAACAGUUUGCUUCGAAGAUGAAAGGAUUACUGGUCGUGUGUUUUGUCCUUAAGAUCGUUUCUACCAUAGCAUGCUGUCGUACAGGGGGUCAGUGUUGUGACACUUGGAAGCUUGUCCACGAAAACGACGCAAAAGGACAGACCGUGUCAGGCAGCAGAUAUGCCUUACUGGCAGCUAUACUCGCAGGAGCACGUGUUCGAGUCGGCUGGAGUACAACACUCACUGAGGCUGAUGGAAUUUACGUGUAUAAAGAUCACGCCCAUGCAGAGUUGUUGCAAGACGUGAGUAAAUCAUCGUGGAAGACUUACCAGGACGAUGCSUAUUGGUACUGGACCAUGGUAUCGUCCAAUGGAUUUGUUCAGAAUAUCAGGUAUAACGUUGGUGCCCAUACUUCACGUGGCGUCACAACUGCGACAACCUCUGCUAAAUGGUACGUCAAGUCAUCCUACUGUCAACAGGAGCCAGUCUACGCUAACAGAAAAUCUGGUCAACGCACAGCUGGGAGCAUAGAGUAUCUUAAGAAUGCCAUAACCUCUGGAAAAGAGAUUCGCGCUGUUACUGAUAAUUGGUAUGGUUUCCCUCUGCAAAACAUCGCGUAUGACGCAACUAAAGUAGCGGGACAGUUUCUUGACCACGUGAGUAAGACACAAUCUGGUAAGAACAUCGUUUUCCAGAAWAAUGCAUAUUGGUUCUUCACUAUUAUUAGUACGAGCGGRAAGCGUGAMAUGUCACGCUGGACUGUUGGMAGUCACACKGAYAGAGGUCACACAAAUGACAAAGUCAGUACAGAGUGGUUUYAAGAUCCAUGUUGGGAGCUGGUGUAUUCCCAUGAUAAAUCUGGUCACGCAACACAGGGGAGUUUGAAAGCUCUGAUAUCCGCAAUACAGUCCGGUAGACGAAUUCGAAUCCAGUUUCCAAUGUUGGAGUACUACACCACUGAAGCCGAUAACCUGUCCAUUUUGAAAGGUCAUGUGACUGCUCAAGCCUUAAAGCAUGUCAGUAAAGCAUCUCUAGACACCUUCCAGGAUAACGUCUACUGGUGGUGGCUGAUGGCCUGUACCACUGGUACGGUACGCGCGACGAGGUAUAACGUAGGAAGCCAUGUACCGCGCGGAAACACAAAAGAUCAAUGGGCCAUUAACUGGUUUGCAGAUACCCGUCCAUGGAAAUUAGCUUUCAAGCACAACUCCGCUGGUCAUGGUAUCCAAGGCUCACGAAGUAACGUCGUGAAUGCUGUUAGACGAGGAGCCUCGGUGCGACUGGUGUAUGAAAACGGUGCCUACGCWUUUCCCGCCCAAAAUUUAGUCAUCRACGGAGCUGACGUCGCAGCAGGAACGCUGAAUAGUGUGAGCAUGCAUACCGCAUCGAAUAACGAGAAAGAAAUCCCGCCGAAUGCUUAUUGGUGGUUCACCAUAGUAACGACUACUGGUGAAAGAGACAUGUCACGMUGGACAGUGGGAAAACACCAAAGCAGAGGUCACACUCAGGAUCGUGUCGGACUAAAAUGGUUCAUCCAAGAAUAGAGGAAACCCGGGCUCUGUUUCCUAUCACCAGUUAAACGAUUUCUCGUAACGUGACUCUAAUAAUUUUUUAAGGCUUAAGUUAAGWAACAUGUAACCUUAUGACUAACCUUGAAGAUUAUUCUGUUGUACUAAUUUAGGGUUAUGCCCAAUAGAGGAACACGGCUAUGUUCCAAUCUAGUGAUUGCUAAAACCUCUACAUGUAACACGUGGCUUUAUAUCACCUUCAUACUAUAGAGUAUUGCUGGUGUCCUUAUAAGAUUUUUUCUAAGUAUUAUCAAACUUCAUGACUGCUGUUAUUCAAUAAAAUCUUGAGCCUUA